AUGAUGGCAUCCCGGCUGAAGGAAUCGCCGUUGUUUGGCCCUGAAGUUUCAAUGCUCCAUUUGCAGUCUAUGAUAUUAAGCCUUCAGAAGGCUUUCCAGUGUGAAGAGAUUCGGGUUUCCAGCACGAAGUUCUGGACUUUGAGGAUUGAAAGCCAGUUAGAAGUGUUGGGAUAUUAUCGACGGGCAUUUCUGGCUUUCGACCCAACACUAUUGCCAAAGAUUUUGGCCUCAUUGAGCAAAGCUGAGGAUAUCACUCACAGCACUGGGCAGAACCAGCUUACCAAUAUGGAGAGGUGCUUGGACAGAACCAAUUUGGCUUUGCGGCUGGCCAACAUUUUCACUUCACUUGCGCUAGAUCGUUUGGACGCCGCUUUCCAAACUAUCCACGAGAUUCAACAGUCAAAAGCUGAUAAAGUCGUCGCUAUGGAGAUGAUGCAUGUCAAGUCAUUCGAAGAAGCAUACAAGUUGAACAGAAUUGGUAAGUCCUCGUAA